GACAUAGAAUUAGAAGAGCAAUAUAUGGGUGCAGCCUAAGCUAGGCCCAACUCCAUUGCAUCUAUUUAAUGACAAAAAGAAAACAAUAUUAAAAAGAUAUAUUUUUAAAUUUUGUUUACGUGACAGUUUAUGAUUAGAAAUUUAGCUGAUGGAGAUGUACUAUAAUAACUAAUAUGUUUAUGAAAGAUGGGGAAAAAGGGAGAGAGAGAUUUGGUGUGAGCAGCCAUGAGUUUCCAAUUGCUUCCUGCCGUUGCAAGAAGACUUGAAGGCAAAGUAGCCGUAAUCACUGGUGGGGCUAGAGGAAUUGGUGAGCACACAGCAAGGCUCUUCCUCAAGCAUGGAGCCAAGGUAGUUAUUGCAGACAUCGAAGAUGAUUUAGGACACGCUCUUUGCAACGAUUAUCUUGGCUCGUCAUCUUCUUCCUUCGUCCAUUGCGACGUCACAAAAGAGAAAGAUGUCGAAAACGCCAUCGACACGGCGGUUUCCAAGUAUGGAAAGUUAGACAUCAUGUUCAACAACGCCGGAGUUUUUGAUGAAGCUUCAAACUUUGACAUUCUCAAAGACGAUCCAUUAACCUUUCAAAAAGUGGUGAACGUGAACCUUGUGGGAGCCUUUCUUGGGACGAAACACGCAGCACGGGUGAUGAAACCGUGUGGUCGAGGGAGCAUCGUGACGACCGCAAGUAUAUGCUCGGUGAUCGGAGGGAUUGGGACGCAUGCUUAUACGAGCUCGAAGCAUGGGGUUUUGGGAUUGAUGAGGAAUACAGCUGUGGAUUUGGGAAGAUAUGGGAUUAGGGUUAAUUGUGUGUCACCUAAUGUAGUGCCAACUGAAAUGGGAAGGAAGUUGUUUAAGUUGAAAGAAGGUGAUGAGUUUCCAAGUUUUUAUUGGAACUUGAAAGGUGGUGAUAUUUUGAGGGAAGAAGAUGUUGGUGAAGCUGUGGUGUAUUUGGGGAGUGAUGAGUCUAAGUGUGUGAGUGGACUCAACUUGAUUGUUGAUGGAGGAUUUACUGUUGUCAACCAAGCUCUUUGCUCCUUUCAACCAUCUCAUUGAUUAAUCAUGUUUCAAUCAAUUACAUAAGUUAAAAAGAAGAAUGCUUUUUAUUAUCAUUAUUACUUUAAUAUCUACGCUGUAUUAUUUUUCA